GUCAAAGUCAAAUUCAGGUAAACAUUUUAAUUUCAUCAUUUUUAACAUUAACAGUACAUACAAUGUAAUCAGGCAAAAUUGAAUAAAAAUGGCUCAAGGAGUAUUGAGCUCGGAUAUCUCCAGAAGAAACCCACAGGAUGACUACGAAUUAAUUCAGCGAAUAGGGAGUGGAACUUAUGGGGACGUUUAUAAGGCCAAAAGGCUCUCAACUAAUGAUUUUGCUGCGAUAAAAGUGAUAAAACUAGAACCUGGUGAUGAUUUCGGAAUCAUACAGCAGGAGAUUCUUAUGAUGAGAGACUGUCUGCAUCCCAACAUUAUAGCGUAUUACGGUAGUUAUUUGCGUAGGGAUAAACUGUGGAUUUGUAUGGAAUAUUGUGGAGGCGGUUCUCUACAGGAUAUAUACCACAUAACUGGUCCUUUAGCUGAAAAUCAAAUAGCGUACAUGUGCAGGGAAACGUUACUAGGCUUACAAUACCUUCAUACCAUGGGUAAGAUGCAUCGAGACAUAAAGGGUGCCAACAUCCUUCUGACUGAAUGCGGUGAUGUCAAGUUGGCCGAUUUUGGAGUGUCCGCUCAAAUUACUGCUACAAUAAAUAAGAGAAAAUCGUUUAUAGGCACACCCUAUUGGAUGGCCCCAGAGGUAGCUGCUGUGGAAAGAAAAGGGGGUUAUAAUCAGCUCUGUGAUAUUUGGGCAAUUGGAAUUACAGCUAUAGAAUUAGCCGAAUUACAGCCUCCGAUGUUUGACCUUCAUCCGAUGAGAGCGCUGUUUUUGAUGUCAAAGAGCGGAUUCAAACCACCUACACUUAAGGACAAAGAGAAAUGGAGCCCCACUUUCCACAACUUUGUAAAGAUAGCACUAACUAAGAAUCCAAAGAAGAGACCUACUGCAGAAAAAUUGUUGCAGCAUGCGUUUUUCCAAGGAGACAUGCAUAGAAGACUGGCUUUAGAAUUAUUGCAAAAAGUUAACAAUCCUUCACAUAUGUUUGCUGACCUCGAACCUGACGAAGAUGGGGCUGUGCCGAAUGUUCCACAAAGAAUUGCAUCACGACUGACUUCAAGACCAAAACCCCAGAACGCCGUUCUUUCUAACUCAGAUGUAGAUCGCAUCGAUGAAGCCAAUAACACUCUACAGAGAUCAGAUAUACCUACAGUAAUAGUGGAAGAAAAACAACCGCAAUGGGACCUGAUGGAUAUUAUGAACAACGUCACGAGCGUGCACAAUUGCGUAGAACAUCAAAAUCAAAAAUGUGGAAUUGGAAACGCUUUUGAUUCGCUCAACAGGGAGAAUUUUAGUCAAGAAAGAAAGGCCAUGACAGGAUCGCAGCUUUUGAAAAUGUCAUUGAGGAGUCUCUUGCAGUACAUUGACGAAGAGUUAAUGAUGAGGGGAUCCUACAAAUAUCAUCAGUCGGACUAUGAGCAACAAUUUUGGAAUGAUAUGCAUGCAAUUCGGACUGAUAGAUCACGAAGAGCCACUCUACCAGUGCAAGACACAGACAACACGGUGAAAUGUGACAUCCACGCCGUAUCGCCUACGAAUCAUUCUAAAGAACAACCUUUCAACGGUUCGCCUAGAAGACAUUCCUCAGUGGACGAGAUCUUUGGUUUAGUAACGUCCAUGAACUUGACCGGUCAGAGGCAGAGAUCUUUGAGCGAUAGCAGCAGAACCGGAAGGACUAACCGAGAUAGUAGCAGAGAAGUAAAUGGAACGGAGGAGGAUCCUAACCAUGAAGGUGAAUCCAGCGAUAUGGUAACUUGUCCGCCUGUACCACCUAGAAAACAUCGUAGGAGGCAUACACCUCCAAGACCGCCUAGCAAUGGCCUACCACCAACGCCCAAGGUCCAUAUGGGUGCGUGCUUUUCCAAGGUAUUUAAUGGUUGUCCGUUGAGGAUACAUUGUACGGUAUCUUGGAUCAAUCCCGACACUAGGGAUCAACAUAUCCUCAUUGGCGCCGAAGAGGGUAUUUAUAAUCUCAAUUUAAACGAAUUACACGAAACGUGUAUUGACCAGUUAUAUAAUAGGAGAACAGUUUGGAUGUAUGUGAUAAAGGAUGUCCUUAUGACGUUAUCAGGAAAAACUCCCCAACUCUAUAGGCACGACCUUCUAGCUCUUCAAAAUAAACAAUCCCACAGGUUUAGUUUGCACAUGAAUCGGAUACCAGAGCGACUUGUGCCGAGGAAAUUCGCUCUGACUACGAGAGUACCUGACACCCGAGGUACGCUCAAAUGCUGCGUCGCGCGGAACCCCUACAACGGAUAUAAGUACCUCUGCGGAGCGACAGCUAACGAUAUAUAUCUGAUGCAGUGGUACGAUCCUCUAAAUAAAUUUAUGUUAUUAAAGCACGUGGAAUGUGUUCUUCUUCCGAAUCCGCUUCACGUCUUUGAAAUGAUCAUCACACCUGAGCUAGAAUAUCCAAUCGUUUGUGUGGCGAUUAGGCAAGCGUACCAACCUAACCGAUUCAAGCUGGACUUGAUCAAUAUGAAUUCUGGUGCUAGUUGGUUCCAUUCUGACGAACUCCAAGACAUGGAUGGUACGGCGACUGUCAUUCCCCGACGGGAAAAUUUGGAUAUAGUGAACGUGUCCCAGUUAGAUAAAGAUUCGAUUUUAGUUUGUUACGAAAACGUUAUUAGGAUAGUAAAUAUGCAAGGGAAGAUGAAAGUGAACAAAAAACAGGUUUCCGAACUCAGGUUUGGAUUUAGAAUCGAUAGUAUAAUAUGUCUUCCGGAUAGUGUGCUGGCGUUUCACAAACACGGAAUGCAAGGAAGAUCGUUAAAAAAUGGCGAAGUUACACAAGAAAUCACCGACACAGCACGAACGUAUAAACUUUUAGGUUCAGAUAAGGUCGUCAUGUUAGAAAGUAAUUUACUUAGGACUGGUACACUAACAAACGAAGAAGGUCACGACUUAUAUAUCUUAGCAGGACAUGAAGCCAGUUAUUAAUAAGAAGAGUAAACAAGCUCAUCGUAAAUCCAAGGUUUCUGCUUUGCUUAAGAAGUUAGACUAAUCAAAACACUUAACUUAUUAUUAGAAUAGAUUCUAGUUAAGUCGGAAAAGAAUACAGAAAUCGUGAUGUUUUAGAAAAAUUGGAAGACGGAAUUUAAAAAAAAAAUAUGAGAGAUUAUAGAGAUUUUUUUCUCGUAAGAAUAUAUACCUCAAUUUUACUUCUCUUCUUAGAGAAAGUAGAAGAUCUAAUUGGUAUUUAAAUAUUUUUAGAUACCACUAAUUUUAGAAACAGUACCUACAAUUGAAAUAUAUAAUACAAUAAUUAUAUUUUCGUGAUUAAAAUUGAAAUAUAUUCUAUUUGAAAUUUAAAAA